CAAACUAGAGUCUCAUACACAUUUCAGUGCAGUCCUCUGGUAACACACUGCUCUCAUCUGUGCGCUGCUGUCUCACCGUAAACUCAACUGAAGGAACUUUUGUUGUUGUCCAUCCGUCUGUUUCUGCUCAGAGUCCGACUCCGUCUCAAGUUCAGAUUCAGAGACUUAACUUGGAUUUAAGACACAAACUUGAAACUAAAGAAAGACAUUUAAUACACCUUAAAUACCUGGAAGACAUCUGCAACCACCUCACAUAAACAUCUGCUGCUGCUGGACGCUGAGGAUCCUUGGGAGGGGAGGAGGUGCCUUGCUCAAAGGCACUUCAACAUAACUGCUGAGGAAGAGGAGAGCAGCCACUUUUUCUACCUUUGAUCAAGACUGUCUCAGGCCAACUGCAAUCCUACAUCAGGUGAAUCCUGUACCUGCUGAGAUUCAAAACUAAACAAAAUACUGAGCUGUAACUGGUCAUGGCAGACUGGAGCCUACUGGGAAACUUCCUGGAGGAAGUACAGGAGCACUCUACUUCUGUUGGCAAGGUGCUGCAGAUUGUGUUUGUGUCCACUCCCAGUCUGAUCUACAUGGGCCACGCCAUGCACAAUGUCCGCAGAGAGGAGAAGAAGAGGAGCAGAGAAGAGGAAGGGGGAGAGGGAGGAGGGACAGAGGAGGACACAGGAGGAGGAGGAGGAGGAAGAGGAGAGAAACAGGGGAGGAAAGGAGAGAAGGACAGAGAAAAGGAAAAAAGAGAAGGUCAAUCAGGAGGUCGACUCAAUCUGAGGGGAGGGCUGCUGCGGACUUACGUACUCAGUAUCCUGAUACGCAGCGUCAUGGAGGUGGUGUUUCUGAGUCUCCAGUACUUCAUGUAUGGAGUCUUCCUUAAUCCCCUGUAUGUCUGCAAGGCCUGGCCGUGUCCACAUCCCGUGAACUGUUACGUCUCCAGACCAACAGAGAAAAAUGUCUUCAUAGUGUUCAUGAUGGCUGUGUCGGCCGUGUCUCUGUUCCUCAGUGUGCUCGAGCUGCAUCACCUGGGAUGGAGACACUGCUGCAGGCAGUACUGCUACACAGAGAAGGCAGUCACUCCUGCUAACACCUCGCUGGCCCGACAGCUCUCUCUGUCUCCUCCACUGCCGUCAACCCCACCGCCGGACUUCAGCCAGUGUGUGAUUGACUCCUCGCACUUCCUGCCACUCCCUUUCCCCAACCACCGCCUGGCUAACCAACAAAACUCAGAGAACAUGGCCACAGAGAAGCACAAAAUGGCCGCCGCAGCUGAGGAGGUAAACCUCCUCCAGAUGAGCUGCUACUCGCCCGGAUGGCAGGAGACUGGUAACAAUCAGAUCCAAAAUGGCGGCUACCUGAGGACCGACACUAACUCCUCAUACACCCCUGGGAGCAGGGAGAUCAGCUGCGCUCAGAUCCAGACUGGCGGCCCAGACGGGCUGCUGGUUUUCCCGAAUGGAGGGCUCUGUCAGAACGACAAACGGAGAUUUAGCAAAACCAGCCGUACGAGCAGCCGCACGAGAGCAGACGACCUCUCUGUUUAGAAGGAAAGCAGGAAAUUCUAAAUAAACUGGAACAAAUCUGAUCCUUUUUUGCAUGACCACAUGCACAUCAUCCACAAUGCAUCUCAUUUAAGUCAGCUGGAGGAGGCCUCCAACCCAUUUAUAGCAACUGUUUUUUUCUGUUUUAUCUGCCACUGAAAUUAGUGUGAGUCCACUCUGCGACUUGAUUAAGAGACUUUUCCUUCUGACAUUAUGCCAAGGCUGAAGAAAUCCUCAGUCGACUGACACUCAUGAUUUUGUCGACUAAUCGAUUACUUAAUUUCAUGGACAGAUCUGCAAAAGAAUCUCCACAAAGAAUCAUGCAAAACCAUUACUUGAAUCUUGUGUUGAUGUGCUUAUACGUUUCUUGGAAACAAGUCACUCAGCAUGAAAAAGCAUACAAAAUGACUAAUUGUCUAAAGAAGUCUUGGUCGAAGACCAAAACGAGCAAUUAAUCGACCAAUCGACUAAGAGGGGGGUGCCCAACAUUAUGAUUAUGAUUGCCCUCAAAUACUGCGAUAAAAUCAUCAAUCAUAACAGUUGUUACAGUUAAGGUGUUUCUAAAAGUCAUAAAAACAGAGUUCUGUAGAGACAAUGCACAUUAAUCUGGAGAAUCAUGUGCAUAACAUCAUUUAAAUGUAGUUAAAAUCCUUAAAAACGAGAUGAAGACUUCUCUAAUCACAAUACACUCAAUCUUUGUUUGUCAGACAUUUCACUCAGAGUGCAGCCUGUUACUAUUUGAAAAGUUAUUGUUUUCAGUUGCAGAGACACAUUUUUCCUGAAACAUACAGUGUAUACUAAAUCAUCAGCUCUUAGGUUUAAUGCUAUUCUUUUAUGGAAGCUGAGAACAGUGGUUGCUGAUGACUGGUCCAUAUCCUUGAGAGACUAGCCGAUGACUUAAAGCAAAAGUUUAGAUUGAGUUUUAACUGCAGCAGUGCCUGUUUUGAAUGCUGAUUUCCGUCCCAACUGUUUCAUCAGUAGAUAUUAAUAUAUUAAUAUGAAGCACAAAUGCCAAUUGCAUCCUCACACCAGCAUAUAUUUACUAUUUCUUCACUUUCUAAAAGUUGUGUCCAAAUUUCUCACACGUGACUGCUGGUGACUUUCUACGGCACUGUAUUGUGGCUAUGAACCAAUUCAGCCCAAAAUCUUUAUAUUCUUAAAUGUACUGUAUGUUGGGUUUUGUAUUAGCAUAUUGUACUGAGGUGUUACAGAUGACACUGAUUACUACUAUCAGUAAUCAUUCUAAAUUGUUUUUAUAUUUAUUAUUCCACUUUAAUAAUGUGAAUGCUGUAUAUUUAAAAAGAGUUGCAAGUAAAACCGUGCAAAACCUGUGGGAGU